ACUGCUUUGGCUGUACUAGCCGCUCCGGACAUAGUGUUGUAAAAAUGCUGCUCUCUGUGCCGCCAAGGACAGGACUCAACCCCUAUAACGGCUAUACCAACAGAACCAAUAAAAAGCAGGCAUAUGUGUCCUCCAACCAACAGAUGGCGCCACCUAGUCCCAACACCACUGCCGGCAGCAGUAAUGGGAACAGCAGUGGUUGUGACCAGCUAAGCAAGACCAACCUCUACAUCCGUGGGCUCCACCCUGGGACCACAGACCAAGACCUGGUUAAACUUUGUCAGCCAUAUGGAAAGAUUGUGUCCACAAAGGCCAUCCUGGACAAGACCACCAACAAGUGCAAAGGCUAUGGCUUUGUGGACUUUGACAGUCCCGCGUCUGCCCAAAAAGCAGUGACCGCGUUGAAGGCCAGUGGAGUUCAAGCUCAGAUGGCAAAGCAACAGGAGCAGGACCCUACCAACCUCUACAUCUCCAAUCUGCCGCUAAGCAUGGAUGAGCAGGAGCUGGAGGGCAUGCUGAAGCCCUUCAGUCAGGUCAUCUCCACACGCAUCCUGCGUGAUGCCAACGGCACCAGCAGAGGGGUGGGCUUUGCCAGGAUGGAAUCAACAGAGAAGUGCGAGGCCGUCAUUCAGCAUUUCAAUGGCAAAUACAUCAAGACUCCGCCUGGAGUGGCAGUGCCUACAGAACCGCUGCUGUGCAAAUUUGCUGAUGGGGGCCAGAAGAAGCGGCAGAAUCAGGGCAAAUAUCUUCACAAUGGCCGACUGUGGACAAGAGAUGGGGAGAUGGGUGGAGUGACACUGACUUAUGACCCCACUCCUGCUCUACAGAACGGGUUCUACUCUUCACCCUACUGCAUCACCCCCAACAGAAUGAUCACACAAACCUCCAUCUCUCCGUACAUGCAUUCUCCCGUAUCAGCAUACCAGGUACACAACCCAUCUUGGGUACAUCAUCAGUCGUACCUCAUGCAGCCAACGGGUACAGUUUUAACACCCACAAUGGAUCACACCCUGUCCAUUCAGCCUGCAGCAAUGAUGGGGCCUCUCACCCAACAGCUCAGUCAUCUGUCGGGUAGCACUGGCACGUAUAUACCUGCUAACACAGCUAUGCAGGGGUCUUACAUUCCCCAGUACACCCAAGUGCCUCCUGCAGGUGUCUCCGUUGAGGAGAGCAGCGUCCAGCAGCAGCAGGUUGCCAUAGAGGCCCCAGAGGAGCAUGCAGCGUACUCCUACCAGCAUGGCAAGUGA